AUGGCUUUUGAAGCUGAAUUGAGGAAGAAGACAAACUCUACGCAGGUUUCAUAUUUCACACUAAGUGCCUACGUUGACACCGGGGUUUUUAAAUACUUGUACUUCCUGAUUGUUCUGACUUUUUAUAUUUGUAUUAUUGGUGCCAAUGUAUUGCUGCUUGUGGUUAUCUGUGUGAACAGAAGCUUACAUGAACCUAUGUACCUUUUUCUGUGCAGCCUGUUUGUAAAUGAACUGUUUGGUAGUACAGGGUUGUUUCCAUUCCUUCUGGUUCAGAUCCUCUCUGACGUUCACACUGUUUCUACUUCUUCUUGUUUCCUGCAGAUUUUUUGUGUGUAUACAUAUGUUUGUGUGGAAUUUUUCAACUUAGCCGUCAUGUCUUAUGACAGAUAUCUUGCUAUCUGUUGUCCUCUGCAAUAUAACUCACGUAUGACUUCCAGCAAGGUUUCAAUCCUCACUAUAUUCUCAUGGUUGUACAGUGUACUUGCAACUGUUGUCAUACUUUAUGGGAUUGUUUACGUGUCAACUGUAAUAGUUGCUCUUAUAAUACUAAUCUUCUUCUCCUACAUGAGGAUCCUUAAAGUGUGUUUCUCUGGUUGUAAGCAGACGAGACAGAAAGCUGUCAGUACCUGCACACCUCACCUCGCUUCUCUGCUCAACUUCUCUUUUGGUGCUUUCUUUGAAAUAUUACAGAGCAGGUUUGAUAUGAACAGUGUCCCCAAUAUGUUGCGUAUAUUCUUAUCGUUAUACUUCCUAACAUGCCCGCCGCUCUUUAACCCUUUAAUAUACGGCCUGAAAAUGUCCAAACUCCGUAACAUAUGUAAAAGUCUUGCUUUUGGUCAAAUAAUGUAG